AUGACACUGGAAGAGCUCUUCAAGACAUCCUCGGACUGCCAAGAGUUACCUUCUGGAGACAACAAUUCAUCGAGAGAUCGCGCUUUCUGGAGAGUUGUCGCCGAGAUGGAGAAGCGCCGCUAUGCGGCGGCCAAAGGUGAGAAUGAGCGGCUGAAAGCGCAGUUGAAGACCAACAAGAAAGCGUUCAAGGCUGUAAGGAAGCAGCUGCAGUUGGUGAAGAGCCAACAGCGCGAAGUUUUCAUUGGCGACAACAUUGCGGCGAUGUCACUGCGAGCUGAGCUGAACUCCGGACAUACUCAUCAGCAAGUUGUGGCUUCCAUGGUGUUUACACUAUUGGAGAAGCGCGCGAACGAGUGGAUGAGCAAAUUCAAGAGUGUUUAUCGGCAGUGCCUUCCCAAGCGUGACGUCGAUCAGGUCAAUGUCCGAAGGAUAAGCAGCCCCGCUGAAGAUGUUGCCUUGGAGUUUAAACGCACGCGCUUAGUGCCUUAUUCUCCCGACAGAACCGCUCACGCGAUGUGGAACGUGAUGAAGGUGGGUAUGUCCGAAGAGACGAUGAGUAUGGCCCAGCGCUCCGACACUCUGAUGGUCUCAGAAGGUUGUGUCACAUUCGAAAUGGGAGGUGGGGAGUCGUGGAACUUCAAGAAGCGAUUUCAUAUUCCAGAAGGAUUCAUCGUCGUGGUCGAAGCCAUCACGGAGUGGCUCACUCGUCCGGGGUCUGUGGACGAAUGGAGACACGCGACGCGCGAGUCAAGCUGGGAGGAAGUCAUGGUUCUUACGUUCCGCAAGAUGCUGGAGCAUCGCCAUCAACAAGUGGAUAACACGCUGCUAAGCUCAUGA